AUGUCCGACUACGAUGUCUUGAUCGUCGGCGCCGGCAUCUCCGGUAUCAACGCCGCCUACCGGCUGCAGUCGCAAUUCCCCAACCUGCGAUAUGCCAUCGUCGAAGCCCGCAACAACCUGGGUGGCACCUGGGAUCUCUUUCGCUAUCCGGGCAUUCGCUCCGAUUCGGAUCUCUUCACCUUUGGCUUUGAAUGGCAUCCCUGGGACCAGGGGAACCCCAUCGCCGACGGCGGCGCCAUCGUCAAGUAUCUCAACAACGCCGCCGAAAAGUACGGCAUCAAGAAGAACAUCCUCUUUGAGCACCGCGUCAUCGGCGCCGACUGGACCUCCGCCGACCACUCCUGGUCGCUGACCGUCGAGCACGCCGGCGCCACCCAGUCGCUGACCGCGCGCUUCGUCGUCUUCGGCACCGGCUACUACGACUACCACACGCCGCUGCAGGCGGAGAUCCCCGGACUCGACCAGUUCGAGGGCACCAUCAUCCACCCGCAGUUCUGGCCCGAGGACCUCGACUACACCGACAAGAAGGUCGUCAUCAUCGGCUCCGGCGCCACCGCCAUCACCCUCCUCCCCAAGAUGGCCGAGUCCGCCGCCCACGUCACCAUGCUCCAGCGCAGUCCCACCUACAUCCUGUCCCUCCCCAACCGCCGCCGCACCCUGCUCAGCUACAUCCUCCCUACCGCCGUCCACCGCAAGCUGCAGCGUCUCUCCUGGCUGCUCACCUCGCGCUUCUUCUUCCUCUUCUGCCAGACCUUCCCCGCCAUCGCCCGCUUCAUCCUCCGCCUCUCCGUCAAGCGCCAGCUACCCCGCCACAUCCCUUACGACCCGCACUUCCGCCCCCGCUACAAUCCCUGGGACCAGCGGCUGUGCGUCUGCCCCGACGGCGACUUCUUCAAGAGCCUGCACUCCGGCCGCGCCGACGUCAAAACCGACACCAUCCGCUCCGUCACCGCGUCCGGCAUCGAGCUGGACUCGGGCGACGUCCUCGACGCCGACAUCAUCGUCACGGCGACAGGCCUGCGUCUGCAGAUCGCCGGCGGCACCUCGCUCUCCGUCGAUGGCAUGCCGCUGCACCUCCACGAGAAGUUCCUCUGGCAUGGCGUCAUGCUGCAGGACCUGCCCAACGCCGCCUUCGUCAUCGGGUACACCAACGCGUCGUGGACGCUGGGCGCCGAUGCGACGGCGCAGUUCAUCUGUCGGUUGCUGCGCGAGCUCGACCAGCGCGGGGUGUAUGCCGCUGUGCCACGACUGACGCCGGCGCAGGCGCAGUCCCUGCAGCCGCGGCGGUUGCUGAACCUCAACUCGACGUAUGUCACCAAGGCCGAGGGCCAUCUGCCCAAGGCGGCGGAUAAGGGCCCGUGGUUGCCACGGGAUAAUUAUUUGGAUGAUAUCAGGUUUGCGAAGAAGGGGCGCAUUGACGAGGAUAUGGAGUUUAUGGGCGCGAAGAAGCUGCAGUAG